AUGAGAAUGCUAUUUUAGCAAACGGCUAGGAUCAAGAUAGAAUAACCAUAUCGUUCGAAUUAUGGAUAAAAUAAACUUUUCAUGUUUGUGCUUUAAAAUGAAUAAAAAAUUAACCUUCCUCUAAACAUACCAGUCUUAGAACCUGAUUAGUCUUAUCCACCAACCUUAAUUACCUAUUCACCACUUGAUAAUAGUGAAGCUCUUCAAAAUGCUUCUUUAACAUCAUAUUAGAAUAUUACAUACUAAAGUAACGAAAUAUUUUGGAAAAGCAAAGAGUAAAUUGCAAUUCCUUAUAUUCCUUAUAUGAGUAACUGUAAAGGCAGUGGGUAAUUUAUUUAUCUACAUGAAUAUAUUGAAGAUCCAAAUUAUUGCGAACUCUAAACUCCUUAAAAUACUAUACCAAUUAGGUAAAUUGAGUUUAAGUAAAUACCUGUUUCUGAUAUAUGUGAGGAGAUUAAAUUUUAGUGUUCACUCGAUGAGGCCUUUAAUGAUAAUAAUAAUUUUCCAAAAUUCUAUCAAUAAAACAAAGAGGCAGAACUAUUCUUUAUCACAUAAAAUCCAAUUAAUAUAGAUACUGAUCUUACAGGAGAAAAUAGCAUAAAGUCACUGAGUUUAAUCCCAAUUGUUACAAAAAAUAUUGUCCCUUCUUCUACUCUUCCCAAAACCAUUACUCUAGAAAUCAACUACUAUCAAGUUGACAAGUAUACAAAAAAAAUUAUAACUGCUGAAAUGAGUUUUGGAUCAUUCAUUGAAGAAAGUAGCAAUAGCUCAUCUUCCAAUUUUCAGUUUAACUUUAUCCUUUCAUUUCAUUCAAUGUCACAUUCAGAGCUGGCCAUAGCAUUUGCUCUUGAAUGGCAGAAAAAACUGAAUAGUGUGAGGCAUUACAUUAAACUCUAUUAACCUAUCUUAUCUGGUGUGAUUCUUGGAGUAUCAUUUAGCUUUUUGGUUUAAAGCAUAGCUUCAAUAGCAAUGCUCGGAGGCUUUUGGGGAUAUUCGAUAGCACCAUGUGAAAUGCCGACAACUGAUUCAGUAUGUGAAACCUCUAUUUUAGAAGUUCUUAAUAGUACAACAAUAACACAAUAUAUUAGAAGAGGAAGAUUGGGUUAUACACUUAUUGUAAUAGGGAUAUAUGGUUGCAUAAGAAUUACUGGAGUUUUUUUUCCUUCAUCCACAUAAGAUAGAAUAAACAAAAAUGUUGAUGAUUGUAUUAAAGAUUCAUCUGGAUAAUAACAAAAACUACUCAAAACGCUUAACAAGUUAAAAGAAAGAGACAAAAUGAUGGUUACUGAAUUUUAUGAUGGUAAUAUUUGGUAAGAAAGAAUCUGGAAAAGAGGAUAGUAUCUGUAUAUGUCGAUUAUUGUUUGGACGAUUAUGUUAAUCAUAUUGCAUUUAUCUUUUUCAGCCUUUUAUGCAUAAAACAUUUGGCUGUUUACAGCUCUUUUAAAGAUAACAUAAAUUUUUAUAUAAGAAAGCUUAAAAGUUUACAUGGAAAAUGAAUUGCUUACAAGUUCUUUUAACUGUGUAAUUGCAACCACUCUAAUUGUAUCAGGUUUAGGAGCUCUUGAUUUUUAUGAGUAUUUAUUCACAUAUUUUGUUAGUCUAGGAAUUUCUACCUUUGAAAAGACCAAUUAAGUUAUUCUUGUACAUCAUGUUUCACAUAGGGCAUUUAAGUUUGUAAAAAUAUUUAAGAAAUGGAUAUAAAAAUAGUUUUAAUAUGAAACUAAUGAAGAUGAAUCCACUUAAUCUUAAAAUAAUGAUAAUUUUGGUAAUACUAUUGAUGAUGAAACAGAUAAUUAAAAUAAGAAAUUAGAUGAUAACAGUGAAGUACUCUUAUCUGAAAGAUAUGAAGAAAGCAUGGAUACUUAUGAUGCUAAUUUUGACUAAUAGUCUUUCAAAACUUACGGAUAACUUCAUUUGUAAGAUUUAAAAACAGAAAAUAAUGAAAAUAUGUUUAGCUCUACUAAGAAGAGAAUAAAUUUUGCAGAUAUUUAAUAAGUAAAUGAGCUGAUUUAAUAGGCAUAAACAGAAGAAGAUUAGCAAUAAAUAAAUUAAAAUGAAAGCUUUGAUGAAUUCGAAGAUAAAUUUUAAAGAUUCUUAGAUCAUAAAAUAACAAAAUCUUUCAUGAAGUCACAUCCUGAAAACGAAAAAUAAAAAACAUAAGAGCAAGAAUACAAAGAAAAUGGAAGUUAAAUUAUUAAAGUUUAUACAGAUUUUUGUAACUGUUCACUCACUAUGCUUUAAGCUCCAUUUUAAAUUGUCUAAAUGUGGAUGUUUUAUGAUGCAAGUUAGACUUUUAUUAGGUGGCGUAUCAAGAAAGCAGGUUUGGUGUUUUAUUUGUUGUUUAAUGUGUCAAAUAUACCUUUUUAGAUAGUCAUGGAUAUUCUCUUGCUCAAAUCUGUUGAGUAGCUUCACUAACUUUACAUAUAUGAUUAUGUAAAUUAAGUUCGUCAAAGAUAUCAAAACAGAAAAUACAAUUGGAAAAGAGAUGAUGAAAAUGAUUUUUUGAAGAUGGUAGAAAAAGAGGUUUAAUACAUAGAUAUCUGGUGUUAUUCUUCUUAAUAUUUUUUUUGCUAAAGCUUGUUUUUAGGAAGUUCAAUGGUUGUCAUAAAUGGAUUUCUCACAGUUUUAGCAAACAAAUAUAACUUUCUAAGUGAUGAAUACUUAGUUACAAUAACUAUAUUAUGGAUAAUAGUAUGUUUUUUAGUCGAUACUGUCUUAGUUUACAUUUACGAUCAUAUCUCUUUGUGGAAAGUGGAGGAUAAAAUCAAAUCUAAAUAAUAAAAAUUAAAUGAAGACGUAAUUGAUGAAAUUAAAUUAACAGAGUAAUAGUUAAUACCUACAGAACAUUUGAUUAAGGAUUAAUAACAGUUAUUUUAAGUAACAGAAGUUUAUACUAGAGAUUUUAAUAACUUAACAGCUGAUAAAAAAUGUUUAGAAACAAUAGAAGACAUUAGAUAACAUAAUAUGCCAAAUAAUAUUUUUUCAAGAGAUAAUAUCAUCUUCAAAUAAAGCUCAGUAUAAGAAAAGCUUAUUAAAAUGUAAUAAAACCAUAGGUUUGGUAAUAAUGCCAAAUUUAGUAAAGGGUAUUUAGAAUUUGAAAAGAAAUUUUCACUUCUUAAUUAGCUUCCAGACUCUAGCUAAAGCGAUUUCGAAAGAUAAUAAAAUUUUAAUUUUAGUCACCAAGCCAGUUAAAAAAUAUACUAAAUUUUAAAUGAACAAAAUAAUGAGUUUAGUGAAUUGAAAUAACUUAUUUAGAAAAAUAAAUAUAUUAAGAUGUUCUUUUUAGAUGCUAUAGGUAUGAUCAAAUAGUCAGACUUAAGAAUACAAAACUAUUUAUUAGAGUUGUUUGAGGAAAAAGAAACAUUAAACAUAAACUUAGAGAUGAAAUUUGUACAAAUAGCUGAUAAAUAUAGAAAAUAGGAUCCUGAGCCUUAUAAAAAAUUAUAAAAAUGGCUUAAUAUUAGAGAGAGUAUUAAAAAAUCAGUGGUCUUAAAAAAUAAAAUACUGAAAUUGAAGGAACUAAUGCCAAAACUUGAAAAUAACGAAUAUAAAAAUGAACAAUUUAAGAUUAAUUUCUUAAAUGUUAACAAAAAAUGGUUUUAAAAAAACAUCAAAUUGCUAUUUGAAGAUUUAAUGAAAGGAGAUUCUAAGAACUAAUUAAAAAAAAAUAGAUAACUAAUAUUAUCAGGAUUUAAGAGUAUUUAUGGAAAAUUAAAAUUGAAUCGUUUUAAAGGAGAUUAAAUUUCUAAUGAACAGAAGGUUGAGUCAUCUAUAAAAUGGUUUGAAACUAAUAGCUAAAAAACAUCUUUUAAAAACGCUGCUAUGAUUGUAAGAUAUUGGCUUCUUAGGUCUAGAGUAUAAACAUUAGCUGAGAAAUGUGUCUCUGCAUAUAUGCUUUAAGGUGAAGGCAGAUGUUGUAUUUACUGCAAAUCUUCUUAGUCAAUCACUAAAUAAAUUUAAAACUCUAAUAUCGAAGAUUUGUUUCUUAAAUUUUAUAAAAGAGAAUGCAGAAAAUACAGAUAAUACUUAAAUGUGUUUUAAAUUGUAAAUGGAAUCACUAAAUAGAAAGGGAAAUUAAUUUCUCAUGGUUCUUCAAGAAGAUAAACAAAAAAAUUUGAUGAUUUUUUACCACUUGAUAACUUCUAAGACUCAAUAAUAGAGCACUAAACUGAAUAGAAAUCCUAUUUUCUUUCAAGGUAGUAAAAAUUUAUAGAAUCUUGGUAAGAGUACUUUUUUUUAAAUGCAAAAUUCAUCUAUGUUUGCUUGAAGUGUAAUGAUAUUGCAUAGAAUGAAUACCUUUAAAUAGUCUCAAAAUUUAGAAAAUGGAGUGUUUAAAUGCAUUUAUUAGAAAUAAACAGUCAGCGAAAUAAUAUUAUCAAGGAAAAAGACGAGGAAUCUGAGGGAUAAUUAAAUAACUCCUAUUAAAUAAACUCUUCACUUCUUAUUAGUAAUUUUGCUCUUCACAAAGAAUCAUACUCUAAAGAUGAGUUAACUCCAAAAAAUAACGAGUAGGUAGGUUAGCAAUUUAUCACAGAUUCAAUUUUUCAUCCAAUUAAUCCUCAAUAAAAUAAAUAUCAAAAUACUGUUCAAGCAGAAAAUUAAGUAAUAAAAGAAGAGAAUAAUGAGGAUUAAAGCUAAGCAGAUAGAACGAACUAUAUUGAUCAGGAAUUCUUUUCUCCUUAACCUUAAAGAAAGAAAAGUUCAAUAAACAGUAUGCUCAGUUUAAGAGUAACAAAAAGUUCAACAAAACCCUAAUACCCCUAAUCAAAUAAUCAAAGUCCUUAUAAACUAAGCUAACUAGGAAUUAAUAAUAGCUAAAAAUUAGAAAAUUAGCCUUUAAUAUAAUUAGAUAUUAAACAUGAAGGCAUAAAUAGUCAAAAUUACGACUCAGAAAAACAAGGAAUUUUGUAGCCAGAAACAAAUAAAGAUUAAAAAGAUUGUAUUGAUGAUCAAAAAACUAGUAGAAGUGCUAAAUCUAUCUAAAAAACUCAUCCUGAACCCUCUUAGAAUAAUUUAGAUGAUAUAAAAUUGAAAGACAAUACCAUAAUUGAUUAACAAAUUUAGCUGAUAAAUAAAAACUUAGAAAUGAGCUAAAACAGGUCUUUUCGUCUUGUCUAAACAGAGAAGUAAAAAGUAUUAAAGGACUAAGAGUAAGAUUUUCUGCAAGUAAUUAACAGUGAAUAACUUUAAAAGAGUGGUUCUUAGAUAAAUUUUAGUGAAUUCUCUCCAGGUGUUAUAAAUUUAAACAAAAAAUUUAUAAAUAUUUUCUAAGAAAAUAAUUAAAAUGAAAGUAAGUUUAAUUAGAAUAAUGAAGUCUAAUCCCUAAAAUAAUAUAAUGAAUAUUCCUAAAACUAAGAAGAAAGUAGCUCUUACUCUUCAGAAAAAUCAUUAGACAAAAAUAUAGAUGGCUUUUGA